UGAAAUUGCUCUAGAGCAAGGAGAGAGGGUUAAGGAUUACUCUAACCAACCUUCAAAUGGGCAGAGGAAGCGAAGGUCCAAAAGGAGAGGGAAGGAGUGCCGUACAAAGCAUGUAUAGUGGAGCCACAGUAGAAUCCUGGCAGCUGAAGGAAAGGAAGAGAGUCUGAAGAUGAUGGACGGGUCGCCAGUUUCAGGAUGCAGCCAGGAUGCCAGAUGUCUGCUGGAGUUUAGUAACUGGGAGGCCACUGGUGGCCUUGGGAAGAACAAUUUCAGAAAAGUGCACAGAUCGCAAGUGAAUUUCUACAAACUGACCAUACCAGCUUACCUAGUAUUCUAGAAGCCCUCCUGGGCCCUUCUGGUCAUUCGCCAGCCUGCUACGGGUAAUUCAGAGGUCUGUGGGGCCGGCCAGCCUGAGUCUGCUCACCUUCAAAGUCUAUGCGUCAUCUAAAAAGGAUUCACCUCACAAAACUUCCAUGAAGGUUAAUGAGCUUUCACUCUACUCCGUUCCUGAGAGUCCAUCUAAAUAUGUGGAGGAGCCGAGGACCCAACUUGAAGAAAGCAUCUCACAUAUCCGACAUUACUGCGAGCCAUAUACAAGUUGGUGUCAGGAAAUGUACUCACAAACUAAACCCAAGAUGCAGAGCUUGGUUCAGUGGGGGUUAGACAACUAUGAAUAUCUCCAAAAUGCACCUCCUGGAUUUUUUCCAAGACUUGGUGUUAUUGGUUUUGCUGGCAUUCUUGGACUUCUUUUGGCUAGAGGUUCAAAAAUAAAGAAGCUGGUGUAUCCACCCGGGUUCAUGGGAUUAGCUGCCUCUCUCUAUUAUCCACAACAAGCCAUCGUAUUUGUCCAGGUCAGUGGGGAGAAAUUAUAUGACUGGGGUUUACGAGGAUACAUAGUCAUGGAAGAUUUGUGGAAGGAGAACUUUCAAAAGCCAGGAACUGUGAAGAAUUCACCUGGGAAUAAGUAGACUACUCCAUGCUCUGCCCAUUUUAAUCAGUUAUAGGUAAACAUUGGAAACUCCAUGCAGUAAACCAGUAUUUCUACAGAAAAAAUGGCAGAGAAGUCAGUUCUGAAUGUAGUGGGUUGGCUUUCUUCUUCAGGAAAAACUAUACUAGGCUCUUUGUGAUCUUGGGUGAUACCACACUCCAAGUGGACAAAUUGGAAAUCUUUUCACCUGGAGUAAUGUUCAGCCUUAGAGCUCCUCAUUCUCAUGUUGCUAUUUAUGUACAUAAUUAAACUUCCAAGUUAAAAAAACCA